AUGGUAAUGGAAGGACCAUGUAAAUCAAGUGUCCCAGAUACAAUGCAAGAUUUUGUCAAUGAGUUAAUUAAAAAGUAUGGAAUAAACUUAAUCCUGGCACUUUUGGUUAAAGACUUACAGAUUCUGGGAACAGAUCAAGGUUAUCCCUUUCCUGUUUUUGGUGGAUCACUGUAUCUACGUGGGUCAUUGCUCGCUGUACUUGCUGACACACCUGCAGCUCAAUCUCUUGGUGGGUUCAAAGAAGGGGUUGGUGGAGCUCGUCGCAAAUGUCGUCACUGUAUGACCAACUUUGAGCAGAUGCAGAAUUAUUACAAAGAGGAAGAGUUUUUAUUACGUACAAAGGAGGAUCAUGAAGAACACUUGAACAAAAUUGAGAAUGCACCAUCUAAGUAUUUGAAAGAAUAUUAUUCCAAGCAUUUUGGAAUUAACAGAAGAACAAACCUGAUAAAUGUUCCACAUUUUGAUGUUUGCGAACAACUUCCUCAAGAUGUUAUGCAUCUUUUUUUGGAAGGAAUACUCAGCUAUCAUCUUAAGUAUUUGUUCCAUCACUACAUCACAGAAAUUUCUGCAUUUACCCUUCUGGACCUCAACAGAGAAAUUAAACAUUUUCCUCUUGGCUAUGGAGAAGAAAAAGACAGACCCGUAGUUAUUAAAGAGAAUGAUCUUCUUUUUGACAAAAGUACAAACCUUGGACAAAGUGCAGCUCAAAUGCAAUUGCUUUGUAACAUUUUGCCAUUUAUUUUGGGGAUGUGUGUAGACCUGUACUCAGUCCACUGGAAGUGCUUUAUGUCACUUCUUGAAAUAAUGAUGUUGUGCUUCUCUCAUUCUAUCAGUUAUGCUGCCAUCCUAGUUUUAAAGAACAAGAUUGCAAGUUAUCUGCCAUUGUUUAAGGAACUGUACAAUGCAAGAAUAACACCAAAACUUCAUUACCUUGUGCAUGUUCCCUCAUUAAUGUUUAUGUUUGGCCCGCUGAUCCGAUCCUGGUGUAUGAGGUUUGAAGCAAAACAUUCAUACUUCAAAAACAUUGCAAAAGUCAUUAGAAACUUCAAAAAUCUUCCACUGUCACUUUCUACCAGACAUCAGAGUAUGGAAUGUGCUGACAAUAUUGUAUUAAAUGAAGGUAUAGAUCCAUGUCCAUUAAUUAAAAAGAAUAUUGUAUUUGGCAGUUCUAAACCUAUUAUUAGUGCCCAAGAUAUUAGUUAUGUUAGGGAAUGUUUGUUUAGAUUUUACAACAUUCAGAACAAUCAAGUGGAUGCAUGUAAUAUAUUCCUUCUUAGUUCUGUCACUAUUUAUGGUACUGUAUAUAAACCAGGGAAAAAUAACUUCAUUGACGUGUCUAAAAAUGCUCCAGAAUUUGGAAGAAUUAUAAAGAUUUGGUAUGUUGAGUACCAUGGUAUUUUUUUUGUUAUCCAAGUAAUGCAUACAACAUCAUUCUGUGAAGAGCUAAAUACUUAUGAAAUUGAAGAACCACACUUGCCAGAGGGCCAGGAAAUAUUAGCAUCAAGUGAAAUCAGUCAUCCUAAAGUAUGUCACACUUACCAGUUUAAUGAGAAAUUAUACAUUGUACAGAGAGAGAACACUUUUUAG